AUGAGAAAUCUUGUCCCCUUAGCUGCGGCAGUAGGGGCUGCUCAUGCCGCGAGCCUCUCUGAUAUUUGCAACGACGCCUAUAUCAAGGCCGCAUUGCCUGCAGAUGGCACCUUUCAGGGCAUUUCCAUGAUUUCCAGCUCCGUCUCGACUACCAUCCAUUCGAAUGUGUCCAUCAGCAGCUCAAAUUUCUAUCCGGCUGCUACCAUCAGCUACUGUGAUGUCACCUUCAACUACACCCACAUCGGUCGGAAUGACCGAGUGGCCCUCACUUACUGGCUGCCCGCCCCCGCUGAUUUCAAGAAUCGGUUCCUUACCACCGGCGGCGAGGCAUAUGAAAUUAACGAAGGCUCCGGAACCUCUGGGUCUUUGCCCGGUGGCCUCAUGUAUGGAGCGGUCGCCGGCCUCACCGACGGUGGGUUCAAUGGUCAAUCCUUUGACGAUGUCUUCCUUCUCGCCAAUGGCACUGUCGACUGGCAAAACACCUUCAUGUUCGGCUACCAAGGUAUCCAUGAGAUGAUGGAGAUCGGCCGUCAACUCACCCGCAAUGUGUAUAACACCGGAGAUGACAAGGUCUAUACCUACUACCAAUCAUGCUCUGAGGGCGGCCGUGAGGGCUGGUCGCAGGCCCAGCGGUAUGGCUAUGAUUACGACGGAAUUAUCGUCGGUGCGCCUGCUUUCCGCUUCGCCCAUCAGCAAAUCAACCACCUGGUGCCCAACGUCGUUGAACAGACCAUGAAUUACUACCCGCCACCCUGCGAGUUGGAGCUGAUUGUGAACGCCACCAUCGCUGCUUGCGAUCCGCUAGAUGGCCGCGCAGACGGAGUUGUCGCCCGCUCCGACCUGUGCAAGCUGCAUUUCAACUACACCUCUUUGAUCGGCGCUCCCUACUACUGCGCAGCCAGCUCCGGAGGCAGCAGUCUGGGUCUCGGGUUUAGUAAACGGCAGUCGAUGAGCUCGACCCCCGCGCAGAAUGGUACCGUCACCAAAGAAGCCGUCGAAUUGGUUCAGACACUCCUUGCCGGCUUGAAAGACACCCAGGGCCGUCAGGCCUACUUGUACUUCCAACCAGGUGCAGACUUUGACGAUGCCGAAACAACCUACGACUCGGAAACCGGCACCUGGGGCCUCAGCAUUGACGGUAACGGGGGCGAGUUUGUGGCGAAGUUUGUGAACCUGCAGGACGUGGACUCGCUGACUACGCUCGACAAUGUUACUUAUGACACCAUCCGCGACUGGAUGCAAAUGGGAUGGACGAUGUACGAGGACACCUUGAUGACUCACAAUCCCGAUCUCAGCGUCCUCCAGCAAUCCGGUGGCAAGAUUCUACACUUCCACGGCGAGCAGGACCCCAGUGUGCCCACUGCCUCGUCUGUCCACUAUUACGAGGCUGUACGUAAGAUUAUGUUCCCCAACGAGUCUCUCAACACAAGUGCUGCCGCCUUAGGCGAGUUCUACCGACUGUACCUGGUCCCCGGUAUGGCCCAUUGUGGCACAAACAGCGAACAACCGAACGGACCUUUCCCGCAAACCAAUAUGGCCGUAAUGAUCGACUGGGUGGAGAACGGAGUGGUUCCUGUGACGCUGAACGCCACAGUUCUCCAGGGAGAGAAUGAAGGCGAGCACCAGCAGAUCUGUGGAUGGCCCCUUCGCCCGCUCUGGUCCAACAAUGGGACUACCAUGGACUGCGUUUUCGACCAGGCCUCGUACGACACUUGGAUCUACGACUUCGACGCCUACAAACUUCCUCUGUACUGA